CCUCUUCAACUAAGUUUCUUCACUCUCCACUUCAUAAUAUCAACUUCAUUCUAAACAAUUAGAAAGAACAAAUUAUACAUGUCUCCACAAACAUAUAUAAUAUUAGUUGUUUAAGAAAUAUAUAUUAUUUAGGAUAUUAAAUAUACCGAGAAAGUAAUUAUAUGUGUGCGGGCGGGUACCCAUGGGGCGGGUUUACCUAAACCCAAACCCAACCCGACCCGGUGAAUAAUGUAGCGGGUUUAAACCCGAACCCGGCCCAAAACCCGUCAACACGGAUUUUACCCGCAUUGACCGGGUUGGAUCGGAUGAGUACCCGUGGGUUCGGGUUUUGUUGCCAUCCCUACAGUUUCCCCCUUUCUCGAGUGAGUAUAUUUGGGAAUGGACGGAUAACUUUUCCCUCAAAUGCAAAACGGCAUGGCGUUUGUUGAAGAUAGCUGCCCUAACAUAUAAAACUCCGAUAAAUUGGCGCUCUACUGUAGUUCUGCCCAUCGGCACUUCUUCUCACGCUUUCAACUAUCAGACUCGCAAGUCUCACUAGAAGCAGAACUGUAUCCCGUCAACUGCCGCUCCGCCUCCGUCCCGCGCCGAGAUUUCUAAUAAUGCCAGGCGAAACUGAAGCUGUGUCACUUUCCGGAACUCCUACCACGGCGGAGCUGGCGGCGGUUAGUAACGAGGAGGAGACGCGGAUCCUCAGCGACGCCAUUCGGUCUUUGCCUCCUCAAGCCGUCAAGGACUUGUUGAACUCCGAGGUUUGUAUCGGAUGCAUACUCAGGCUGUUUGGAUUCAGAGAACAUUUUCACUUCCGUUCUUCUAUCUCGAGUUCUAUGUUGCAUUCUGUUCUUGGAGAGUCUGAACAUCUGGAACAUUACGGGAUACUUGCUGGCUCCAAAUCAGGAGAGGAAUUAGAAGUUCAGCAGAUAGUGUGCAGGAUGUGUUUAGGCAUUUUGCAGUACUUAUAUCGCAAUGAUAAGGGCAUAUUGGUGCAAAAGCUAAGUGCAGACGGCUUAGCUGCUUAUGUUGAUGAAAUGAUAAAGCAAGAUGGCCAUGAGAUCGACGGCUUCUCCCUUGAACUGUCCGUACCACCUGUCCUCUCGGAACAUGACAAUGCAGUAUGGUCGUAUAUGAAGAAGAAAUACGGACAGGAAGUUGGGAUUGCAGAAGAGACUUCAAAAUGUGUUUCUGUGAAGGAUGCCUUAAAAUUGGCAAUAACAUAUCCCCUUGAAAAUAUGUUGGAUGUUAAAUCCAGCUCCAUUCCAAGCUCUUUCCGCAUUCGGCUAACCUAUAGUCAAACGAAGCCAUCAUCCUCUAUGGCUAAAUCUCCAGGAGAAACGAAUGAAUCUUGCAAGAGAAGAAAAACAGCUGAUAUGAAUGGAGUACCUGUGAGGUCUUCUAACUUCUCUGGUGAUCAGAAGUCCUCAGAGCCUUGCAACUUCCCUUUAGAGAAGGUCAAUGAACCCUACUACCUGGCUCUUGUUUGCUGCCGAACACCUAUCUACAUUGGUGGGAGAUACCUCAAGUUCUCAAGAAAUGUUAGUCAAACUCGCUGGAUUAUUGACGAUGAAAGAAAAGGAGAAUCAUCUGUCGAGGAAAUAAUAGGAAGCAACAUUCUUCCAGCUUGUCAAGGUGACAGUUACAAGUUUCAUGCUGCUGGCAGAGAGGAUAUUGAUGUGCGGAUGUUGGGUUCAGGCAGACCUUUCAUGGUUGAAGUACAAAAUGCGCGGAGAGUUCCCUCAGAGGCUAUUAUCAAAGAAACAGAAACAAAAAUAAACAGCUUGGAGGAAAAAUUGGUUGCUGUGAAAAAUCUUAAACUGGAAGUCAAUAAUGGUUGGGGCUUAAUGCACGAAGGAGAAUCCGAAAAACAGAAACAAUACUGCUCUUUAGUGUGGAUUUCACGCACACUUGAGGACGAAGACGUGCAGAACAUAACUGCAUCGAAGGAUAUGAAAGUUUUGCAAAGGACACCAAUAAGGGUUCUCCAUCGGCGAAGUCCUUUAGAACGAGAAAAGAUCAUACACUGGAUGAAAGUCGAGAGGGUUGCUGGGAGCUCUCAAUAUUUCCUGUUGCAUUUGUGCACUCAGGCUGGGACGUACAUAAAAGAAUUUGUUCACGGAGAUUUUGGUCGCACCAAUCCGAGCAUUGGGUCGAUUUUAGGAUGCAGAGCCGAAAUACUGCAAUUGGAUGUUACAGACGUGAAGAUGGACGGUUUCUGAUUUCCGUUGUGGCCAUUGACUAAAAAGCGGUAUUUUCAACUCAAUUUUAGAGCCUAAUUUUUGGUUCCGGGUUCUUCUUCAGGCUGCAUCUUUCAAAUGCAACCACACAACUAUUCAAGCUUUCUGCAUAAAGCUUGCAUUGAAAUUUGGAAGUACACUUUUCACCUUAGUUACUUGUAUGAUUUAUUGUCAGCUCGUAAUAGUUUUCUAUUAGUUAGGAUAGGAAUCUAGUAUGGUUACGAUAACCUCGAUAUUCUAGUGCUAGAGUACUCUCAACUUCAGUGAGGAAAUUUUCACAUUGACGAUUGCGUUGAGAACUAUUGUUGCCGCUACGCUUACGCUCUUGAUAUUCUUUGGGAACAAUUUUUUCUUCUUGUGUUGGUCAUCUUAUCCAAUCCAAGUCAUGAAGCUCACAUUGUGUCCAUCCAUUGUGUUCGGAUUAGGGUUGCAAAUGAGCCGAGCUGCUCGCGAGCGGCUCGGCGUUCGACUCGAGAAAAGCUCGUUCAAAACUCGACUUGUUAAUAAACCAGCCGAACACAAGCUCACCUUUGUUCAGCUCGUGAAGUUCGCGAGCUAGCUCGACUCGGUGGCUUGUUUAGCUAAACUCGUGAGCUGACUCGUUUAGGGCUCAUGAUAUGUCUUAACAUGUGGCUAGAGAGCCAACUCGAUUACCAACUUAUGAAUGAAUCAAUCUAUAUCUUAUGAUUUUAAUUCAUAUGCUUGUUAAAUUAUUUAUCUCACCAUAUAUAAAGUUUAACAUGUUGAGUAUGUGAGCAAAUAUAUCUUAUUUUCUAUUUUAAAAAGAAAUUAUGCAUCAUAGAUUGCUUCAAUACUAUGAAAUAACAUGAUUUGGAGCAGUUAUAAUGUAUUAACUAAAUGAAUAUGAUACCAACAAAGUAUAAUAUGAGAUUAGCUAACGAAAUAAAUCAUAUGUAUCAUGAUAUACAAAAUGAAGUACCAAAUAAAAUUUAAGAUUUUAAUAAACAAGCUAGCUCGACUCGACUCGGCUCGUUAAUAAACAAGCUGAGCUCGAGCUCGACUUGUUUUUUUUUAUUUUUUAUAAGGGUGAUAUAGAUUUCAUUUUGUUGUCAUUAAGGUACUAUUUAAGGGAUUCGAACCUGGGUCCUCCAGAUUCUAGGUUAGUGGUAUUACCACUAGGCCAAGCCCUUGUUCGUGAGCUCGACUCGUUUAUUAACGAGCCGAGCUCAAGCUGGAGUAAAACUCGACUCGGCUCAUUUGCAGCCCUAGUUCGGAUGGAGAGUUCUAGUGAAUCAAUUUGAUCUAUUUAGGAACAUAAAUUUGAAUAAAUCAAUUUGAUCGGGAGAAUUUUAAAACAAUCCAUUUUGAGACAAUUCUGAUUGUUUAGAAAUUAGAAAGCUUAUGAUUUGAAUUUGCGGACUACAAGUACUUUAGCAUUUAAAAUAAGGCAAUUAAUCAACUCAUUUCGUUUCUCAUUUGUAAUUUGUUCCAUCCAAUCAGGUAUAAUCAAUGUAAUCAAAAUCG